GCAGUGGAGCAAUUUCCAGCCCUGCGCACUGUCGGAGCGUUGCUCGUGGCGGCGCUAUGACAACAGUGGAGCGGGUGGCACAUUAGUGACAGAGCGGCGGGUGGCGGCGGCUCGCGGCCCCGACUCAGUCCGCGACGGUUGACAAAGAUGUCUUUAUUUAAAGCUCGAGACUGGUGGUCUACAUCUGUAGGAGAACAAGAGGAUUUUGACCAAGGAUGUUUAUGUGUUGCUGAUGUUGACAACACUGAAAGUGAUAAAAUUAUUGUUGGCAGCUAUAAAGGGAUUCUACGCAUCUAUUCUCCAAAUCCUUUCAAACCUGGAGCAGCAUUUCAACCAGAAGAACUUAUUGUAGAACUUCAGUUGCAGGAUCCGAUAUUACAGGUGGAGGUUGGCAAGUUUGUCUCAGGUACAGAACUCCUCCAUAUGGCAGUUUUACAUCCAAGAAAGCUGUCUGUCUUUGCUGUUUCAGGAACUAUGGGUACUGUUGAACAUGGAAACCAAUAUCAGCUGAAACUAAUUUAUGAACACAACCUUCAACGAACAGCUUGUAAUUUAACAUUCGGAGCUUUUGGUGGUGUAAAAGGUCGUGAUUUAAUUUGCAUUCAGUUCAUGGAUGGGAUGCUGAUGUUCUUUGAGCAGGAGAGUUUUGCUUUUGGGCGUUUCUUGCCUGGUUGCCUUUUGCCAGGCCCACUGAAAUACUGCUGCAGGACAGAUUCCUUCAUUACUGUCUCCUCAAGUCGACAAGUCGAAAGUUACAAGUAUCAGGUGCUAGCUGUGGCCACAGAUGCAGAAAGCAGGCACGAUUCUGAGCAGCAGAGGUUAGGGUCUGGGAAGAGAAUCACGAUGGACUGGAUGGUGAACAUUGGUGAACAAGCAUUAGACAUAUACAUAACAUCAUUGAACCAAGCUUCUGCUUCCAUAUUAGUACUUGGUGAGAGAAACCUUUACUGCUUCAAAGAAAAUGGGCAGCUUCGCUUCAUGAAGAAGCUGGAGUACAAUCCAAGCUGCUUCAUGCCGUACACUUUAGUGUUGGAAGGAACAAUAAACAUUCUGGUUGGAAAUCACAAUAACAAGCUACUUGUAUACCAAGAUGUUACUCUGAAAUGGGUCGCUCAGCUUCCCCAUGUUCCUGUGUCUGUACAAGUCGCCAAUUUCCAGAGCUUAAAGGGAGUGAUUGUGACCUUAAGCGACAGUGGCCACUUACAGUGUUCGUACCUCGGCACAGAUCCUUCCUUCUUCCAGGCUCCAAAAGUAGAGUCCAGGGAACUAAAUUACGAUGAGAUGGAGUCCGAAAUGAAAGAACUUAACAAGAUUAUCAGGGUAGCUGCUAAAACCUCAGAUAUUUUGCCUAAAGCAGAGACCAAUGAUGAUUUGAACGUGACUGUUGUUGUCUCUCCUAAUUUGGAUACCGUUUCUAAAGUACCUGACGACUCAAUUGAUGUACCUGUUCCUUCGAUUUCACUGAAGGUGACGAUUUGGAGCCAAUUUGCUGUUCAGGAUGUGAAACUGUCAGUUUGUGUGCAGUCUCCACUGGCAGUAACUCAGGACCAAAUGUGUUUUGCUGCUAUAGAACCUGGAACAUCUAGAAGUGUAACUGUAUCUGUAUUCCUAAAGGAGAGCUUCCCACCUGCCAUUCUUGGGGGAGAUACUGCAGUAUCAUAUCGUACACCAACAGGUGUUCCUCGAAUUGCACAGUGCACAUUUAGUUUGCCUCUCAAGUUAAUUUGCCAACCAGUUCAACCAUCUAAGAAUGCUGUUCACAAAAUAACAAUUGACAUAAAUAAGCCACCUGUAAAUAUCUCCGUUCUUUUUCCAGAUUUUCUUGGAGAGUCAGAUCACGAGCAGAUGAAUGUCUUGGGAUUCAAAUUACUCUCAGGGUCAACGAUUACACUUUUAUCCUCAAAGACAUCAAGUCGGUACAGAAUUCAAUGUGACCAAUUUGAAGAUCUCUGGCUAAUCACAAAAGGACUUAUUCAGCAAUUGGAAGAGACAUUUGCCAGUGAAGAGCAUAAAGACUUUGUGUGCACCUUUCCUGGGCCCAUCCCUUUGCAGGAGUACUUUCAAUUAGUUGAUCGGCACUUUGAGCUGCGCUUAAAUGCUGAAAAAUAUAAAGAACUUCUUUCAGAACGGGCAGUACAAUACAGAGCCAUCCAAAGGCGGCUUUUAACACACUUCAAGGACAAAACUCCCUCACCUUUACGUAAUCUAGAUACAUUACUGGAUGGAACAUAUCGGCAGAUUAUAGCUCUAGCUGAUGCUGCGGAAGAGAACCAGACCAAGCUCUACCAAGCCUUCACGCGACUGAAGAGUGCCACCCAGCUGAUGGUGCUGCUGAUUGGCCUGUGGCAGAACUUGAGCCGGGAUCAGGUGGCCAUACUAGAAGCUGCAUUUCUACCCCUGACACAGGACAGCCAGGAAUUGGGCUGGGAGGAGUGCGUCGAUGCAGCUGUCGUUCACUUACUCAGGACCUGUCUUUCGAAAAGUUCCAAGGACCAGGCAUUGAGCCCCACAAACCAACUCAGCAUGCCAAAAGAUACCUGCAGGUUAAAGAAACACAUCACCCUGCUAUGUGACAGAUUGAGCAAAGGAGGUCGGCUGUCUUUAGUUUCAGAUGCCCCACAGCAUGCGGUCGCAAUGCCAGGCUUUCAAACGAUCCCGGAAUCCGAAUUGGAAGAACGAAUGGCAGAUCAUACUCCUUCAGGAAUGUUCCAAAACCCUGCACAUGUAACAAAGAAGUUGGAACCAGAUCUUCCUCAGAAUGCCGAAGAUGAAAAUGUAAUUGCUGAAGACAGAUAGGAUCUGAUCAAUAGCUGGACCUUACCCACGGCUUCUCCUGUUGCAACUCCAGCAAGUGCCAUCAGAGCCGAAACAGAUGCACAUAUAGCUUCUCAAAAACAACUGUGUAAUAUCACUAGCUCAUAACUUGGGCCAACAUGGGGCUUGUUUAAAAGUGGCUUGGAUUGUGGGAGCUUCCUGUAAGUAGUACUCGAUGUUUCCUAUGUUCAAAGAGAUUCUGGGACCAACCAUUUCACUACAUUUACUUUAAUCAUCUGGAAGAAAUGCUGAUCCUGUCCAGCAACACCGCUACAGUGUUGAAAUUACAGUGUCCUAGUAAAGCAGUGCUGCUUGCACUUGCGAAGUAAGUAUAACUGCUACCAAAGUUCCAUUUGUUAUUUCAGCACCCCCAGUGCUCCAAUAUAGUUCUCCUCCUUUCGUACAUUGCACAGAGCAACAUUAUUGUACUUGUAUUAAUGUUACACUCUUAAUGUUAUGUGAUCCAACAUACUAUAUGUUAGUUAAUGUUCAUUGACUUUCUGUGUAUUUUUAGAAGCUGUAAAUUUGUGCAACAAAUUUUAACUUUUUACAGUUUCUAUAUACAUAUUUGAGCAAGUGAAAGAUACCGUUUUAUAUCCAUCUUAUUCAAUGUAAAGUGACUGACUAAAUAAACUAGUGCAUUUUAACAUAAA